GCUCCCUUCCCGGCCUUGUUGCAGUGUGUUUCUAGAUUCCUCCGCCAAGGGGGACUUUUUGACGUGCGCGUCACAUGAGCUCCCUCUCGACGCCUUCCCGUUCCCGGAGGGUCCUGACAAGUGUCACGUUAGGGGCGUUCGUAUCUCCCGUGACGACGGGUGCCUGGUUCUCCCCGCAUAGUGGUCGGUAAAGGGUGGGGUCACCGGAGGGGGCGCGGAAGGGCACCGGUGCUACGAUUUCAAGAUGGCUGCUGCGUAGACUGAGGGGGUGAAUCGACUCUGAAAGAAGAAAACAACAAUAACAAGGCGGAAUAAUCAGUGUCUCAGGAAACAGUCAACGUCUUCGCCUCUGGGGGGCGCCACCUUGAUCUAGGAUCUGUUUACAGUCCCCCCCCCCCCGGGGGCCCUGACUCAUCCCGCCAUCAUUGUCUUCUGCCUUGGUGAAGGAUGAUGCAGUGAUACACAUCGACACCCCCCCUCCAUCCACUUGGAUUGACGUUCUUGUGCUCAGACAUGGAGUCUGAAGAUUUCAUACCGCCCCCCGAGUGUCCCGUCUUCGAGCCGACCUGGGAAGAGUUCGCCGACCCUUUGGGUUACAUUGCCCGGAUCAGGCCUAUUGCCGAGAAGUCUGGAAUAUGCAAAAUCCGCCCGCCAGUGGAUUGGCAGCCACCGUUUGCUGUUGAAGUGGAUAACUUCCGUUUCACCCCUCGUAUUCAGAGACUCAAUGAAUUAGAGGCACAAACUAGAGUCAAGUUAAAUUACUUGGACCAAAUUGCCAAGUUCUGGGAGAUCCAGGGAUCGUCGUUGAAAAUUCCAAAUGUAGAGCGAAGAAUCCUGGACUUGUACAGCCUCGGCAAGAUUGUGCAGGAGGAGGGUGGCUAUGAACCAAUUUGCAAAGAGAGGAGAUGGGCUCGCGUGGCUCAACGCAUGGGGUAUCCCUCAGGAAAAAACCUUGGCUCCCUGUUGAGGUCCCAUUACGAGCGUAUUAUAUACCCCUUUCAUAUGUACCAGUCAGGAGCAAAUAUGGUGGAUUACGGUGAACGACCACGUUACGACAAUGAAGAGAAAGACAAGGAAUACAAACCACAUAGUAUACCAUUACGGCAGUCUGUACAACCUUCCAAAGUCACCAGCUAUGGGCGCCGAGCCAAACGUCUGACUCAGGAGCCGGAGCCCACUGAAGAAGAUAUAGAGAAGAACCCAGAAUUGAAAAAACUCCAAAUUUAUGGUGCUGGCCCCAAAAUGAUGGGACUUGGAUUAAUGGCAAAAGAUAAAAACCUUCGUAAGAAAGAAAGUGAUAUUCCAGAAUGCCCACCUACGCUCGUGGUUAAGGAGGAGGUUGGUGUGGAUUCAAGAGGAGAGCCCGGUGAAUACCAUACACAUGUAAAGCGGGAGAGGUCCUUCAGCCCUGAACCCUGCACUAAGAUGACUAUGAGGCUCCGAAGGAAUAAUAGUAGUACCCAGUUUGUGGAUGCCUAUGUCUGUCGGAUUUGCUCUCGUGGAGAUGAUGAUGAAAAGUUGCUUCUUUGUGACGGAUGUGAUGACAACUAUCAUACGUUCUGUUUGCUGCCUCCACUGCCAGAGCCUCCAAAAGGCAUUUGGCACUGUCCCAAAUGUGUCAUUGCAGAAUGUAGACGGCCCCCUGAAGCAUUUGGGUUUGAACAGGCUACUCGAGAGUAUACAUUACAGAGCUUUGGCGAAAUGGCAGAUUCAUUCAAAGCAGAUUACUUCAAUAUGCCAGUGCAUAUGGUCCCUACAGAGCUGGUCGAGAAGGAGUUCUGGCGCCUGGUGAGCAGUAUAGAAGAGGACGUGACUGUGCAGUAUGGGGCAGACAUUCACUCCAAGGAAUUUGGCAGCGGUUUCCCGAUGCUUGAUGGCAAAACAGAGUUGUCUCCUGAGGAGGAGAUAUAUGCGACAAGUGGCUGGAACUUAAAUGUUAUGCCAGUUCUUGAGCAGUCAGUUCUGUGUCACAUCAAUGCCGACAUCUCUGGGAUGAAGGUGCCCUGGCUGUAUGUGGGCAUGGUGUUCUCUGCCUUCUGUUGGCAUAUUGAGGAUCACUGGAGCUAUUCAAUCAACUACCUUCAUUGGGGAGAGCCUAAGACCUGGUAUGGAGUGCCAUCUUCUGCUGCUGAAGAACUUGAAGGAGUUAUGAAGAAAUUGACUCCAGAACUCUUUGAAAGUCAGCCAGAUCUCCUUCAUCAACUGGUCACUUUAAUGAACCCCAACACCUUGAUGGCACAUGGGGUGCCGGUUGUGCGGACAAACCAAUGUGCUGGAGAGUUUGUGAUUACAUUUCCAAGAGCUUAUCACAGUGGCUUUAACCAGGGUUACAAUUUUGCUGAGGCAGUCAACUUCUGCACUGCUGACUGGCUCAUGGCUGGUCGAAAAUGUAUUGAGCAUUAUCGGAGGCUCCGUCGAUACAAUGUGUUCUCACAUGAGGAGCUAAUGUGCAAGAUGGCUGCGUGUCCUGAAAGAUUAGACCUCACUUUGGCGGCUGCAGUGCACAAGGAGAUGCUUAUUCUGGUGCAGGAAGAGCGGAGGCUACGCAAGUCACUGCUGGAGCGAGGGAUUACAGAGGCAGAGCGAGAAGCGUUUGAGCUGCUCCCCGAUGAUGAACGGCAAUGUCAAAAGUGCAAGACCACCUGCUUUCUUUCUGCAUUGGCAUGCUAUAACUGCCCUCAGGGCCUUGUAUGCCUGUAUCACAUUGAGGACUUGUGCCAGUGCCCACCAGCUCGUCAGUAUCUCAGGUACCGCUACACUCUUGAUGAGCUGCCAGCAAUGUUAUACAAGUUGAAAAUUCGAGCAGAGUCCUUUGACACCUGGGCAAGCAAAGUGCGUCGGGCCUUGGAGUUUCAGAAUGGGGACAAAGAUAGGUAAGAACUGGAACAAUUGCAAGCUCUUGCAAAAGAGGCCGCAGAUAGGAGGUUUGCUGAGAAUGACAUGCUUCACGAACUGAAAGGCACCAUUAAAGAGGUUGAAUCUUGCAUUAGUGAUGCCCAGAAAGUUCUCAGUGACCAUCAGUCUCCGAGGAGCAGUUCUACAGCAAUGUCUCUGGGCAGUUUGCAUAAGCUUGUACAACGAAUCCAAGCUCUUCCAUGUGCCCUGGAUCAGCUGUCUCAACUACAGGAACUUCUGGAACAGGCUGAAUCCUUACAGAAAGAGGCAAAGAAUUGCCUACAGUCUCUCCCAGACAGCGCACCCCAGAUGCAGGAAUUGUUGGAGCGCUGUGAUGUUUUCGGUGUGCAGUUACCUGAAGCUGAACAGCUGGCAAGGCACAUGCGUCAAGGAAAGUGGUUAUCGCGGGUACGGGCAGCCCUGGUUGCGGGCCGUUCGGGCACGCUCCAAGAGAUGCGUUCGCUGUUACAGGAGGCUGGUGGGGUGGCUGAGAGCCCCGCAGUGGAGAAGGCCCGUAGUGAGCUGCAGGAACUAAUCUCCAUCGCUCUCCGCUGGGAAGAGAAGGCUCAGAUGUGUCUAGAAGCCAGGCAGAAGCAUCCUCCUGCUACCCUUGAGGCAAUCAUUAAGGAAGCGGAGAACAUUCCAGUACAACUUCCUAAUACAUUAAGCUUAAAGGAGGCCCUCUGCAAAGCCCGAGCCUGGAGUGCCGAUGUGGAUGAGAUUCAGAGUGGAGAUCACUACCCUUGUCUUGAUGAUCUGGAGGGACUUGUUGCUGUGGGUCGGGACCUCCCUGUGAAAAUGGAUGAACUGCAUCAAUUGGAAGUACAAGUGGCUGCAGCUCAUUCCUGGCGGGACAAAGCAACAAAGACAUUCCUGAAGAAGAACACAUGUUAUACCCUUUUAGAGGUUCUGUGCCCAAGUGCAGAGGUUUCUUCAGGUACUGGCAAGAGAUUCCAAUGGAGGAAAGAGAAGGAACAUGGCUUGUAUCGAUCCGAUAUUGAGAGCCUGGGGCUGUCGGCACAAGAUCUGCGAGAUCCUGGAUGCAUUGUCCUGGCCUUUAAAGAAGGGGAACAGAAAGAAAAAGCUGGCAUUCUGAGACUACGGACUAUGAAUUCCUCGCUGGAGAGGGGUUGUGUUUGCGUGUGUGGAGAACCUGCAGGGGAGCUUAUGCUGCGUUGCGAUCUUUGCCAGGACAUGUUUCAUGGGCUGUGUGUCCCUGGGCCUAGACUCUCUUCUCAUCGUGGGGGACACUCCUCUCCAUCUCUUGCUUGGUGGGAAUGGGACAGUCGGUUUUUGUGCCCCCUCUGUGUGCGCUCACGGCGGCCUCGGCUUCAGACUAUUCUUUCUUUGUUGGUUGCUCUUCAGAAAUUGUCAGUGCGCUUACCAGAGGGAGAAGCGCUGCAGUGUUUAACAGAAAGAGCAAUGAGCUGGCAGGAUCGAGCUCGCAGGGUGCUGGCAACACCAGAAAUAGCUAAUGGUGCCACAACCCUGGCAGAGAAAAGAAAGCGAAUACAAAAUCAUAAGGACCCACAGGCGCUGAGGGAGACUACCUGCAAUGAGCAAAACCCUGUUCCCCAUGAGAAUGGAGAUGGUCAUUCAGAAAAUGGCACUUGUGCUAUGCCAGACUUGGAUGCGGUGGCAGCUCUGCUCCCUCGUAUCGACAGGAAGCCAGUAUUGGAUAUUUCUAUUGCGUCUCGAGCUCUGCUGGAUGACCUAAUGUUGGAAGGGGACCUACUUGAAGUGACACUUGAGGAAGAACUUACUAUUUCUAGGCUACUACAGGCGUCCCAGACACCGCCAGUGGAGAAGCUGCGGACUCUGAUAGAGAUAGAACGGUGUGAACGAAGAACCAAUCGACUGAAGGGAAAAGACCAAGAAAAGAAGAAAAAGAGGAGGAGCGAGAGGGCAGACGGUGGUUUCCUGCCCCCAACACUCCAGAAAGAGGAGCUGGGACCAAAGAGAAGCCGCAGUGACCGAUCUCAGGACGUGAUGGCCGAGAAGGAGAGUCCAAGGAAAAAUGGUGCUGAAAGCAAUCAGAAUGGAGAGCAGCGCUUGUGACAUUCAUCAUGAAGAGGACCUGACACGAUAUCAAUCGGGACAGUAACACUCCCCACCAGUCUUGAGUCUUACCUCACUGAUGAAUGGUUAGAGGCGGCCAUAGGGGUGACGAGACCUAGAAACCCCUCUACCUCUUACACAGCAAUUCUCUGUUCUACACUCGCUCGUCUCCUGGAAAAGGAGGGGAGUACUUCUUUCUGGGGACACUUAGUGGAAGCUGGUGCUACUUCUUCAUGACAGAUGAUAAACCUCUGCGUAAAAGACUCUAGGAUUCCAAGAACAUCUCUUCCUCUUUUUGCCUGACGUCAAGCAAUUAGCUCCAUUUGGAGACAAGAUGCAAAUUCUGGCAAGUUUUUCCCCCCACAGAUCCUGCAGGGUGAGGUCCCGCCCAGGCAAGCAUGUGCAAUCCGGCCUCCGAGACACGAAAUCACACACUUGACCAGUAUCGGCAUCCGGCUCUGCAUGGGGCGAGGGACUUCUGUCACUAAGGAAGCUAUAACAGUGGUUGGUUUUUGGGGACACACCUUUUUAUUUAUUCCCUUCUCCUUGUGGUUUAUAGUUUCACUAACUGCCCGGCUUCCCUCCUGUCUCACCCAGUAGUUCAGGAUCUAAGGGGGCGCUCUGCACUUCCCAUCCCUGUAAAAUGACUUCACUUUCUUGAGAACACUUUGUUUUUGUUUGUUUUUUUUUAAAAAAAAAUUUUUUUUUUUUUUUAGAAAGAUGUAAAAUGAAAAAAAAAAUGAAAAAAAAAAAAAAAAAUUCCCUGAAGGCUCUUCUGGAGAGUUUUCUUUUCUGACGUGUAGAAAUAACGGUAGGGGUUUUUGGAUGCUGUCUUUCAGUUUGCUUUGCCAGGCAGACUCCCAAGCUGUGCUAUACCUCAGUAUUGCAGAUGUUUAUUUUACAUAAAUUAUGUUUCACAAGA